AUGAGGGCUGCUGGUACGGACAAUGUUAACGCUGGUGCUUUCUACAUGAAUGUUUCCAAGCCAGCUGAGCAGCCAAGAGAUUGCAGGACUCGUAUAGCCAUCAGCCGGAUUCCCCGACCAAUGAACGCCUUUAUGGUGUGGGCCAAAGAUGAAAGAAAGAAGCUGUCUCUGCAGAACCCCAACCUUCAAAAUACGGAGCUCAGCAAACUCCUGGGGCGUUGUUGGAGAUCCCUUACAGUGGCACAGAAGCGACCAUAUAUUUUAGAAGCAGAGAGGCUACGAGUGGAGCAUAUGUUGGAAUACCCUAACUACAAAUACAGGCCGCGACGGAAAAGCCAAACCCGCGGCCCGUACAGGAACGGCACUUCCAUUCACAUAGAGAGCAUUGAACAACAGGAAUCGACUGUUCACCAAGAUAAGAGAUUUACCAUCAGCAAACAGGCAAUUGACCAGAUUGCUCACCCACACCACCUCCCUGAAGCGAACCCACACAGCAAGCAGGAAAUACGCCCCUCAGGAAAACAGCCUUCGACCACCGGCUCACAAACCACCCGACCAGAAUGCAGGGCAGGAACAGAGAGCGGGCUGACUGGUAUAGAAUGGCCGCUAUCCCAUCCAGUUUACGGAUUUCCUCCACCUGAUACAAGCCUCUACUGCAGCCCGUCCUAUCAGCUGAGCCCUGCGAUCCCUCCUCAGAGCUCAGCAGUUUGUUGUCACAAAGUGGCAGAACCCUCUCUGUUGCUUGAGAACUUGACCCAGUAUUGUGGGUCUCAAAGCAUGCAGCCGCUGAAUGACAUGGAAGUCCUGGACAACCUCUGCUACUCUGACUUGCUAGCUGAUGUGGAUCGGAAUGAGUUUGACCAGUAUCUGAACAAUGACUCCUGGGCUGAUCCACUUGGGCAUCUUCUAACUGGAAAGGUCUCUGACAGCAUCGAGACGGACGAAAUUGACCUUGUGUCUGUGUUGGCAGAUGUGAAUACAGCCUAUUACAAUACCAUUUCUAGAUUAAUUUGACACCACGGUAGACAGUUCCAAUGCCUUAGGGGAAAUACACAGUUCAAGAGUGUCAUGUAUUCAGAAAUGAAUUUCAAAAGAAGCCCCAUUUAUCUUCUCAGGUGCUUCUGAUGGCAGAAGUAAAUUAGAGCAAGGACUCCUCCCCAAUAUGUUGAGCAAACAUUUAACGCUCAAACGGCUUUAUCAUCAAUGUCUUGAUGUUAUGGGAUCAUGCUGUAACUAAUUUGGUUGUUACGUUUCCUGUGAUGAAACAUUCGGGCUUCUCCUCUUCUUUCUGCCUCUUUUAUUCUUCUCCUUCCCUGUGAUCUUUCCCAUAGAGGGGAGUCUAGGACAGGAGGGCACUGCCUCAGAAUAGAGGGAAUCUAGAACAGAGAUGAGGAGGAACUUCUUUAGCCAGAGAGUGGCGAGUCUAUGGAUUUCAUUGUAUACUUCAA